AUGGAAACGCCUGUCUUCGCCAUUUCAUGUGUUAUAUUUGCUGCCAGCCUGGUUGCGGUUGGGCUACGACUCUAUUCUAGAUGGUUAACGGUCGGCUUCGGGUGGGAUGAUGGGUUUAUCCUCACCGCGGUCGCUCUAGAAAUUGCAUUGUUUACAGUUUCUAUCUAUCUUUGGAAUGGAGGACACUGCCGCAUUUCGCUAAGCCAUGUUAACAAUAGCAUGCUCUCGAUGCUCCUUGUUUUCGAAACCUUGUAUUUGUUCUCUAUGUGCUUCACAAAACUCAGCGCUAUCAGCUUGUACAUGAAGAUAUUUGUGCACAAGUGGUUCCGAACAACUUGCCGGAUCACCGGCUUCUUCAUAGCACUGCUAUACAUAGCGGUGCUUGUGGAGACAUUUACCCUUUCGGAACUUGCAGCACAAAUCUGGGGAAAAGAACCAUUCGGUAUCGUGGUCAAUAGCAGGAAGGUCGACAUUGGAACCGCAGUCUUCAAUGUACUUUCGAAUGUCAUCGUUCUUCUUCUACCCAUAAAACCUAUCUGGGGAUUGCAGAUGAGGACUAGGGUUAAGAUAAAUCUAACUAUACUUUUCAGUCUGGGAAUCUGCGUCACCGUGGUCUCCUGCGUCCGCAUAAGUGCUCUAGUGCGGGCUGACUAUAUGAAAGCUAUGACCAACGUUCGUGAUAUGCAUCUCCGUGUUCUCGAGCCUGAGUUGGCCAUCUUCUCUCUCUGCCUUCCCCUACUGCGGCCAUACUGGGACAAGAUACGAGAAAGCUACGGUUAUGUUACGCAUCAGUUACGCAGCGGUUAUCAAUUUAGUAGAGUAACCCCUAGUAAGCUGGAGUCGCAUGACGGCGAAUCUUCACGGCCCUGGAGAGAACCAACCGCCAACGUUACGACCAUCAAAGCAAACACUUCAAUAUCGCCGGCAGAUAGAUUAGGUUUCUAUAACGCGCUUAAGCAGAAGUCCAAGUCAGUAUUCGUCGGAAAUCCAACGCAGAAACCGGAACCCGUGGCCAUAAAAGUGGAAAGAAGCUGGUAUAUUUCCUACGAGGCAGCUCUGGGCUCUCGUUGA